GUGGUUUUGCUCUGCGCUACGUCUGCAUCUCAGACACGUUGUACAUUGAGGACCAAUUGCUGCCAAUUGUGAUCCGGAGAAAUCACAGGUUCAUGCUUUGCCUCUAUACAGCUUGUACCGGGCUAGAAGCAAUCGCGUUCACGAGGUCUAAUUCGGCCGAGAGAGUAUAUAAUGAAUCACAAAUUCCCCCUCUUCAUCUUACUCACUCACCGUCAUCAUGCGCCUGAUCAUUCGUCAAGACCCCCUUGCUGUCGGCGACUACAUUGCCAAUUACAUUUGCAAACGUAUCAACGAUUUCGCACCUACCCCAGCAAGACCCUUCGUUCUUGGGUUGCCCACUGGGUCUUCCCCAAUUCCCACCUACAAAGCUCUCAUCCAACUCGUCAAAGAUGGAAAACUAUCCUUCAAAAAUGUCGUAACGUUCAAUAUGGACGAAUAUGUUGGUCUCCCGCGCGAUCACUCCGAGUCUUACCACACUUUCAUGUUCCGAGAGUUCUUUUCGCAUGUGGACAUCCCCCCAGUCCAGGUGCACCUCUUGGACGGUAACGCCAUUGACCUUAUCGCUGAAUGCAAAGCGUAUGAAGAAAAAAUCAAAUCAUAUGGAGGGAUAGAACUCUUCUUGGGAGGUAUCGGCGAGGACGGGCACAUAGCCUUCAAUGAACCUGGCUCUUCUCUUGCUUCAAGAACUCGUAUCAAGACUCUUGCAUACGACACCAUUCUCGCUAAUGCGCGUUUCUUCAACAAUGAUAUUGACUCUGUUCCUCGUAUGGCACUGACCGUUGGUGUCGCGACCGUUCUGGACUCGAGAGAGGUUGUGGUUGUAGUCACAGGGCAGAGAAAGGCUCUGGCGUUGAGCAAAGCGAUCGAGGAGGGCGUCAACCAUUUGUGGACUCUCUCUGCUCUUCAGCUCCAUCCUUGGGCACUUAUUGUGGUCGACGAGGACGCCACGGCUGAGCUGCAUGUCAAAACCGUCAAGUAUUUCAAGUCUAUCGAACGUGUACAAGACGAAGUCGAAGAGCAUCAGGCGAGGCUUAAGGUGAAGGGUAUUGUCGAGCAGGUCGGAAGCAUGGAGUAG